AUGGAGCUAAAUUGGGUUUUCUUUCGGAAACAAGCUCUACUUUUGAUUUCUUGCCUGACUCUGCUUCUUCUCGCGUCCUUAGAUACUAUAUCAAGCGAAUCAACUCCGAAUGCAAGUGAUUUCAAGAAUAGAUCUCACAAAGUUUCUUGCCUUCCUGAUUGGUUCAUUGGACCGAACCAAACCAAAUGCUAUUCCUACUUCAAAAACUCAACUUCAUGGGAGAAGUCAGAGAUGUUCUGCAGAACCUAUGGCGGUCACUUAGCAUCACUUGCAUCGAACAAAGAACUCAGCUUUGUUCAGAAACUAUGCAAUGGAAACACUAACAGCUGCUGGAUCGGAGGAAAGAGCAUGAACUCUUCUUCUCCCUCCUCUGGUUUCCAUUGGAGCUGGUCCGAUCCCAAGUCUCCUCAAUGGAACCAAUCCAUGUUUCCUAAAGUACCACUUCAUACACGAUGUGGCAAUGGCAACGGAUCUUCAUCUUCUUGUCGUGCUAACAUUUGUAUAGCCGUGACAAACGGUUCGUCACCAAUCUUCGGUGAAAGAUGUAACACGUCUCAUGCUUUCAUUUGCAUGGUUGAUUCAGAUUUCAAGUGUCGCAACUGUCAUGGUGAAUAUCUAAUCAUCCUCAUAGUCGUAAGCGGUUUAAUUCUCUUAACCACAUUCGCCAUUAUACUAUGGUUCCUCAUCUACAAACGAAGCAAGAAACGUCGAAAAUCACGAAAAGUAUCGAAUCCAGCCUCGGCUUUAGCUCCUCCCUCGUGGAAGAUCUUCACAACCGAAGAGCUGAGAUCAAUGACCAAGAACUUCAGCGAAGCGAACCGUCUCGCCGGGGACGCCAAAACCGGCGGAACAUACAGAGGCGGUUUAGCAGACGGUACGAAAGUAGCGGUCAAGAGACUGCAAAGGUCUACUUUCCAGAGGAAGAAAGAGUUCUACUCGGAGAUCAGAAGAGCCGCGAAGCUUCAUCAUCCCAAUGUGGUUGCCAUCAAAGGUUGUUGCUAUGAUCAUAAAGACCGGUUCAUUGUUUACGAGUUCAUAGCCAAUGGACCGCUCGAUAGAUGGCUCCACCAUGUCCCUAGGGGUGGUAGGUGCUUGGACUGGACCAUGAGAUUGAACAUCGCCACAACUCUUGCUCAAGGCAUCGCGUUUUUGCACGAUAAGGUGAAGCCGCAAGUGGUGCACCGAGACAUCCGAGCGAGCAACGUGCUGCUCGACGAGGAGUUUGGAGCUCAUCUAAUGGGCGUUGGGCUCUCGAAGUUUGUCCCAUGGGAAGUGAUGCAAGAGAGGACGGUUAUGGCGGGAGGGACGUACGGUUAUCUUGCGCCGGAGUAUGUUUACAGGAACGAGCUCACGACGAAGAGUGACGUUUACAGCUUCGGAGUGCUUCUGCUGGAGAUUGUGAGCGGCCGGAGACCGACUCAGGCGGUUAAUUCGUCGGUUGGGUGGCAGAGCAUAUUCGAAUGGGCUACACCGUUGGUCCAAGCGAACCGGUGGUUGGAGAUUCUUGAUCCGGUUAUUACUUGUGGUUUACCGGAAGCGAGUGUGGUUCAGAAAGUUGUGGACUUGGUUUAUUCGUGUACGCAGAAUGUGCCGUCGAUGCGCCCUAGGAUGUCUCAUGUUGUUCAUCAGCUUCAACAAUUGGUGCCACCACCACCAUCAGAGAUUUGCGUAGUUUGA